AUGCCUGUCCAGAGCAGGCCCAGUGAAGUCAGUGGCCGAAAGCAAACAGGGCGACACAAUCCAACACCAGUGAUUCCCUUCAAAGCUUCUGAAGACUCAUCCUUUGGGAAGACGGGGACGUGGGCAUUUUUUGCAGAUCUCUACGUGUGCGCCGUGCUCCUGUGCUGCCUGGGCAUCCUCAGCGUGCUGCUCUUCACCCUCGCCAUCGCGUGGCAGUCUGUGCUCAGCAAGAGGAAACCCAGAGUGAGAAAAUAUUUGGUGAAAUGCCCUCAGAACAGCUCAGGGGAGACUGUCACCAGCAUGACCAGCUUGGCCCCCUUGCAGCCCAAGAAGGGAAAGAGACGGAAGGAGAAGGCUGACGUUCCUCCCGAAGUGCCUGCCAAAGCUCCCACAGCCGCCACGCCCCACAAGCUGAAGCUGCUGAAGCCACAGAGGAGAGACGCCCUGCCGCGGAUCGCCGAGGAGAACCUGACCUACGCCGAGCUGGAGCUGACCAAGCCCCCGCGGACGGCCAAGGGCAUCCCCACCAGCACUGUCUAUGCCCAGAUCCUCUUCCAGGAGAACACGCUGUAACCCGUCCUCUUCCGUGGUCCUGUUCAACUCUGCCACCCAGUUAUUUAUGAACCCUUGGAAGCGAAGUCCUUGUUUUUGCAUUUUCACUUGUGCCUUCUGUGAGGUGGGGAUCCCUCUCUUAGGGCGUUCCGGUGCCUUUAGAGGUGCUGGGCUCCUCCCCUCAAGAGUGGGGCCCUGGCCCAUGGACAAGUCUUCUGGGACAGUGUUUUCUGGGUAUCCAAGGAGAUGCUCUGCUGAGCCAACCCCUUCCCAGUUUCAGCUUCUUCCUCUGGAUUUUAAUUUUUACAUCUUAAUAUUAAUCUUUUAUCUUUCUGUGUCUGUGAUAUUAAGCUCGUGGUAUAUAGUAUAGCUAGAGGAAUGCCACUAUAGGCCAAGGCGUGAGUGGUAGAUACGGACUGAUUGGUUUUCAGAAGAUCAGACAGCUUUGCCAGGGCCCCCAGAGCAGAGCAAACGGCUUAUUGCCCCCAGAUACUCCACAGGCGCCCUUGUAAACAGAUGCCCUGACCCUGCGAUUUAAGGGGAGACAGGCAUGUGGUGGGGAAGUCUGAGGUCUAACGGACAACGAACUGUCUCUGAAACCCCCACCACAGACAAGCAGAGCCCUGCUACGGGCCCACCCCUGCGGCAGCAUGGACCAGCCCCGCACAGAAACAGGCAUCCUCCAAGAAGGCCUUACCCUUUUCCAGAGGAGCAGGGGCUGCCAUCCUGACACCGAGGAAGCGGCCUCCGGGAUCUGGGCCCAGGCCACCACUCCGACUGGAUGUCUACUCCCUGGAGCGCGGUGUUGCUGGGCCCUCAGGGUGGAACUUCGCAGAGCAAGUCCAGGGAGGAGGGCAUGUGGCUAGACAGUGCUCACGUGUCUAGGGAGCGUGAGAAGUGCACGCCCUGGGAAGGUGGUCCUAAGGACCCUACUGUGCAAAGGGCCUUGCCCUCCUGAACCUGUGUGCACUUCCUGGUGGGUUUGGGUGGGGGUCUGGCAGGAUCGUGUGGCGUAGUUGCCCAGGGCCUCACUGAAGAUGACUUGUUCUCACAAGGACCAUCCUGCCAACCGUGUGGUUAAGGACACUGCUUUCCACGUGAGUGCGGUCUGGGUUACUAUUGCCCAUGACAGACAUUGUUUGGUUACGUAUGGACCAUGUACAUGUGAUAAAUUACAUACUUUAAACACAGUCUUGAGUGUGAGCGGUGCCCCUUGUGCAACCACGUGAAUUUCACUUGGUCAAGUGUCUUAUCCUCUAAUCGUCUCAGACUCAUGUUAUCUAAUAAAAGAGAAACAUGCAAA